AUGUUCCCAAGGCUCGGCGUUCCUGGAGACGGUUGCCUCCCCCUCCCACCCGCCGGAAUACGAAAUGCAUUGGCAUCUUGGCAAGCCUUGUUGCGGAGACGAGCAUACGAAAUCCGACAGCGAGAGGAAAGAAAAAGAAAGCAAUUUGGCCCAGAAGAGCUCAGGAGGGGGACCUUGUCUCGAAACUGCUGA